GUAAAAUUUCACUUUCAAUAUGUGGAACCUAAAAAUAUAGGAAGGAACAUGUAUUGUUAAAACAAUUAAAUACUGAAUGUGAAUUUAACCACAAGUAUUUAAAAACUAACUUUUGGUUGUAUAAAUGUGUCUUAAUACAUCAUGUUUGGUAAAUUUGUUACAAAGUUAAUACAAUCAUUGCCAACAUGGGAAGUAACUAAAUAUUAUGGGAGAGUAUGUAUAUAUCAAUUAAAAUGUUUAAAAUAUAGAGUUCAAACAAGUGAAGCAUGGUUUAAUUUCAAAUGCAAAUUUAUGCCAGGUAGUUUGCAUAAAGAAAUAGAAUGUGAGGAUUAUGUUGAACCCAAAGUUAGCAAUAAGUCUAAACAACAGAAAGAACAACCAAAAGUGUCAUCUGAGAGAGAAUCACAAGAUAAAGUUCAAUAUAAUGCAAAGGAUCAUAAAAGCGUACCAACUUCACUCAAGGAAUUAAAAGAUAAUUACAUUAUUGAUGAAUUAAUAGAUUCAGAAAAGAAAAAGCAAGGAAAGAAGAGAUGUCAAGAAAAUAACAAAUAUCCUAUACAUGAAGAUUAUGUGACAAAGAAAGAAAGAAAAGUAAAACGUGCUCAAUGAUUUUCAUGGUAGAUUAGAAGAAUUUUUAGUUUGGAACCUCUGCAACAUUCUCUCAAAAUUACAAAAAAAUUUCAGAAAUGUUUAUCUUUUAUUAAUUGUAUUUGUAUAUAAUAUUAAAUAAUGUUUAAUAUUUGAAAAUAAUGAAGAUACUGACCAUAGGUUU